AUUCAAUCCAACCCCAGGCCGGGCAGGUAAACAAAUCAAAUGCAGAUUGUGGAGUUUGAACUUUGUUCAUAAAGGGAAAACAUCGAUUUGAUUUAUGUUAGAUCAUGUUAGGUUAGGGUUAAAUUAAAUUUCCCAAUCAAUCAACUUUUGAAGAUGGAAAGAGGGUUUCGAGGCCGAGUCCAAAGUUGUGGCAAUUGUGUUUCUUGCUUCUUCGUAAAUGGCAUAACCGUCUCUGUUUCUUUUGUCUUGUGGAUUACAUUACAGGAAAUAAUUUAAAAAGGGUUUUAGACAAUUUCUUCUACGCCUGCCCUCAACCGAAACGCUUUUACAGGGAGGAAAAUGGACCAUGCUCCUGCUCGCUAUCCUCCUCAGCAUGGAUGGGAUAAUAACAGCGCUUUUGAGGGGUUUUCUGCUGUUCGCGAACCCAAUUUUCGGGUCCGUGGCUCUUUUGAUGAAAAGAGAUUUCUAGAUGAAAGAUACUCGAGGGAUGAUACCUAUCCAAGAAGUGCCUACCACCGUGAUUUUCUGGAGAGGGGUAAUCACCCCCCUCCUGCAGCAUCUGGUGUCUGGUCUCAAUCAGGGAGAAGUUAUGAGGAAGAAUAUCCCCGUGAUAGGGAUUCUAGGUGUCACCGGAAGCCUUAUGUUGAUUCAUAUAGGGACAUGAAUACAUUUCAUGAUCAUGAGAUCACUUCAUGUCAAGAUUUUGAUAAGUUUCGGGAUGGCUAUUGUGGUGUUGACAACUUUCGUGAUCAUGAAUUUGACAGGCCCUCUAGGUAUGGGAGACGUGAUAGGGAAGGCUACUCAUAUGAUGAUUAUGAUUAUAGGCCCCACAUUUCCCAUCAGCGGAGGGACAACAGCCGUGAGAGGAGUUAUGAAUAUAGUCGGCGUAGUUAUGAUUCUGAUCAUGAAAGAGGCAGUCACAGAGAUGGAAAUUGGCGGAAGCGUGAAUCACGUGAUCGAGAUCGAAUCAGUAGAGAGAGAGAUCAGAGUCCAAACAGAAGUUGCGAGAGGUCUCGCUCGCGAUCCCGUGGAUAUGAUGAUCAUUCUAGAUCAAGGUCACCUCGAGUUUGGAACCGGAGAAACCACCGAGAGGACAGCUAUGAUGAUGGUCGUAAUGAGAAAACUGAGAAGCAAAGGGAACGAGGAGAGAAAUAUCAGCUGGAGCAUUAUUCUGUGGCACCAACUGAAACUGUCGUUGUAAAGGGUCUCUCACUCAAAACAACAGAAGAAGAUCUUUACCAGAUUCUUGCUGAAUGGGGGCCACUUCGUCAUGUUCGGGUGAUCAAGGAGCGAAUCUCUGGCGUUUCUCGUGGAUUUGCUUUUAUUGAUUUUCCUUCUGUGGGAGCAGCACGCACAAUGAUUGACAGGAUUGGUGACGAUGGUCUUGUUGUGGAUGGUAGGAGGCUUUUCUUUGAGUACAGUAAGCCAACUGGGAGUGCUGGUGGCCCUUCUGCUCAUGAUAAUGCCCUGAAAUUGGGUCACUCAAAUCAUAAGAGUACCAUAUUACCUUCUGAUUGGAUGUGCACAAUUUGUGGAUGUGUCAAUUUUGCACGUCGAACUUCAUGUUUUCAGUGUAAUGAGCCACGUACUGAUGAUGCUCCAGCAGCUGACAUAUCUUUAUCAAAUUCCAAGAGAGGAUCUGAGUCAGGUCCUACCAAUGUAUUGGUUGUUCGUGGGUUGGAUGAAAAUGCUGAUGAGGAAAUGCUUCGUUAUGAGUUUUCUAAAUGUGCCCCGAUUAAGGAUCUUCGCCUUGUUAGAGACAAGUUCACCCAUGUUUCGAGGGGAUUUGCAUUUGUUCAUUUCCAUUCGGUUGGUGAUGCCACGAAAGCUCUUGAAGCUACAAAUGGAACAACUCUUGAGAAGAAUGGGCAAAUCUUAAGAGUAGCAUAUGCGAAGAGCAUUCUUGGGCCAAGAUCAGGGACACUGGGAGCUUCACAGUCAAGUAGCCUCGCAGCUGCUGCGAUUGAAGCAGCAGCUUUUUCUCAACAGUACGAUGCGGUUGGAUGGACACCAAAGGAAUAUAAUCCGGAUGACAAACAGUCUUCUAGCUGGCAGGAGCAAGUUGUUGGUUCAGUUCAACAAGAUCAUUCAGCUUGGCAUUCUGGAUUUGUGUGGGAUGAAGCCUGUGGUUAUUAUUUUGAUGCUGCCUCUGGGUUUUACUAUGAUGGAAAUACAGGUCUUUAUUAUGAUGGUAACAGUGGAACUUGGUAUUCAUACGAUCACCAAUCUCAGCAGUACAUCCCUUGCAGUGAUCAAAAUGACAGCGUAAUACCUAGAAAACAAGCUGAGCCUUCCAAAGGAAGUGAUGGUUCCAGUAUCACAAAAGUAAUAAUAUCUGCACCAGCUGCUACUGUAGCAUCAGUUGAGAAGGUCGCCUCACUACCAGAUGCAGUUCAAGCUGCAGCAGCAGCAGCACUAGCUGCAGAGAAGAAAGAGAAGGAGAAAUCAAAAGAGAUUAAACUUGCUUCAAAGAGUAGUAUACUAGCUAAUAAGAAGAAGAUGAAUAAUGUGUUGACAAUGUGGAAACAGAGGAGUCAUGAAGGGCAGACAUCCCGGUUGGGUCUUGUUGACAAUCACUUGUCAGCUUCAUCUGAAGAUAAACCUCCUUCAGCUGAACAACAUGCAAAGAACAAGGACAAAUUUGAUAUGAUGGACAUGCAGGAGGGUAAUACUACACGUUCAGGUGUCACUACAACUGUCCAAGCUGCAUCAACUUGGGGUCUGGGGUCUCCAAUAAAGCCGAGGCCUGUAAGUAAUAGCUCAGGGGGGACUUUAAUGGGAGUUAUAAGAGGCUCUGCAAGGGGCUUGGUGAAAUCCGAUACUCCAUCUUCUUUAUCAUCUAGUGGGGUUUCCACCUCUUCGGCCGUUGGAGUUGCUGAGGGUUCAUUUUCAUCAGCUUUGGAUCCUGCAACUAUUGCUCCCUUUAGGACUGAUGCAUCUGCAUUGGGUUCUAUUCCAACUACAACUGGGAGUGGUAAAAGAAGGUUUUCUGAAGCUCCAGUGCCUUCUACUACCAACAAGGACCAGUCUCAAACCACAUAUAGGGACCGUGCAGCUGAGAGGAGGAACUUUUAUGGUUCAUCAUCUUCCAAUGCAGAUUAUCUGCUUGAUGAUGAGUUCCGGAAUUCAAAUCGAGAUUUAGCAUUCAAAAAAUUAUCCUCAGAUCCAAUGCCUUUCCCACCUGGUGUUGGUGGUGGACGUGCAGCUGUAUCAGAUGAUGUACAAAGUUUUGAGGUCAUCACUGCAAAGAAAGCAAUCGAUGAGAACAAUGUGGGCAACCGAAUGCUCCGCAGUAUGGGUUGGCAUGAAGGAUCGGGACUGGGGAAGGAUGGAAGUGGAAUGACAGAACCAGUGGAAGCACAGGCCAUGGAUGGAAGAGCAGGGCUUGGAAGUCGGGUGAAGUUGGACCCGAGCCUCGAGGUGCAAGCCGGCGAUAGUUACAAAACAGUGAUUCAUAAGAAAGCAGUUGCUAGGUUCCGCCAAAUGUCCUAGGUAUGUUCUGAGAGACGAAGGCUCAAAAGAUGUUUGUAGACAUUUUUUAUGAUUAAUGAGAUCCUUAGGUGGUUCGAGUUUCCAGAUCAUCUCCUUCAAAGGCCUCCACAAACCAACAAUCAUACUGCUCAAAAUGUUAAACUAGGCUUGGUGUUGUGAUAAUAUACACUAUACUUUCACUGA